CCAAUUCCCACCACGUGAGCCGAAGCUGCACAGCACAACCAAGAGCCAACAGAGCAACGCCCAGGCACACACGACGCGGACCAGGCAACCAGCUGCCGAGGGAGGAACCCUAGCGGAACACUGUGCAGGUGACGGCGGCGCGCUACCGGUGACGGCGGCGCGCUACCGGUGACGGGGGAUACGGUGGCAUCGUCCCCCUCGGCCCCUCUUCCAUCCCCGGCGCGGCGGCGCCAGCAGCCGGCCUGCAGACGUUCUCACCGAGGGGAGCAAUGGAAGGCAUUCAUGCCUGAACCGCUGGAUCUGGGGCGGGCAGCGGCAGGCGCUAGUCACCGGGGAGGCGCCGUGGGAGCUGGGCAGCGGGCCGCUGCCGACCUGGCAGGCGGCGACUGGACAGCCUGGUCCUAGGUGGCUUGACGGCUAGACGUCGACGUCCUGGUGUCUAGACGUGAGGGUGGGCUCUCGAGCGAAGAUAUAAAAAGUGCAAACUGUGAAGGGGAAGGGAUCCUUGGUGGGCUGGCCAGGCCUUGGGUGGGCUGGCUUAGGGUGUGCCACGGCCCACCCGGACCCCCCCUUGGGUCCGCCCCUGGCGUAUGGCUGUUGGCCUGUUGCUGCCCAUGUCCAUGUUUGUUGGUUUUCAGUUUUACUUGAUGCUGAAAGCCUGAAACCUUCCAGUGAUUAUUUGCUUCAUGUUGUAGUAUGGCUGUUGGCCUGUUGCUGCCCAUGUCCAUGGGCGUAUCACGUAUGGCUGUUUGCCUUGUUGAAAGCCUGAAUCUGAAGCCAUGUCCAUGGGCGUGUGUGUGUGUGUGUGAUAUAUGUAUGAAGGUUGAUCGGUUCCUAUAGCCCUGGACGAUCAGGAUGUCUGAUUGACCGAUCAGAACCCAGUUAAUCGGGCUGGUCGUCGACUAAUCGUGAUUAGUCAGCUGAUCGCCCCUCUGGCGAUCAGGAGCGAUCAGCCGAUCUGAAAACAUUGGUUUAUACAACGUUCCUUAAUUAGCGACCACAUUAUCUUUGGUUCUGAAAGGAGUACUUACAUAAGCUCUCGCUUUGUUUGUGAUUUCCCUCUGCUUCGUGAUUUUCUUUGCUUAUACAUUUCAAUUCCACAUGUUCCCAGAAAUGUAGCUAUGCACACUUGUUGCAACAAUCAACAAAAAAUCCACUCUCAAGUCUCAAAUGAAACAUGUUUUAACAUCUACAUUACAUAUGUUCCCACAAUUAAACAGUUGUCUACCCUUGUUGCAACAAAAAACACAUAUUACAAUCCACACUUGCUUCAUACAUGGUCUUGGCGGUGAUCCUCUGCUGCUAUCUUCGGGAGACUUGUCGCCCGCGGCUCAGGAUGGUCCUCGCCCUGUGAGGUUUAUUGGGCGGUCCAGGAUGCUCGACCGUGCUGAGUUGGAGCUUCGCCAUGCCCUGAUCGUCAGCGUUGUUGGGCAAGAAGGAUCUGGUUGCGCCACGGAGGUUAGAGAGGCGCUCGCCUCAAGGUUUGGCCUUGAUGCUGAUGCGCUCCGCCUACGUCGUGCUGCGCCAGGUUCUUUUAUUGUCCUCUUCCCCUCGGAGGAGCUGGCUGGGCAGGUGUUUAGUGGAGGACCGUCGCUCUUUGUCCCUCCAUUGAGGUUGCAUAUUAAGAGAUGGACUAGGCAGGCUUUUGCUUCGGGAGGCAGUGUCUUGUCUUCCCUCAUUGACGUCGAGCUCCGUGGUAUCCCUGCUCACCUUUGGGGACUGGAGACAGCGGAGGUUUUGCUUGGUCCUUAUUGCCUGGUUCAGGGACUACACCCGGAUUCUAUCAGCGGGGAGGACUUGUCGGUCAUCAGGUUGAGUGCAUGGUGCCGCUCUCCCGUGGAGUUGCCGAAGGUGUUGGACCUUCAUGCUGUGGAGCCAGCGGUCCCCGAUGAAGACGGAGUUUGGAUUCCACGUUCGUUGGUGUUCCCUGUGUUGGUGAAGAUUAUUGGGCCGGAGGGUGUCCUUGUGGAGGAGCAGCUGCAGCCACCUCCAUCGGAUCCCUCUGAUGAUGAGCCGGGGCCGAGUCGUCGGGCUCGGCGGGUGCAGAGACUGGGUGAUCAGGCCUCAUUGCCUCGGGCUUCGGUGCACUCGCGGCUGGGCCCUCGUCUUCAUUCCUCGUCGACGCGUGUUGGACCCUCUGAUGAUGUGGGGCUUUUGGAUGCGUCGAUGGAUAACAGUGAUGCUGUGACGCCGUGGGCAGAACCAGUUGAUGCCCCUACCCUCCCGUGUGCUGCGGUUGAGAUGUUGGCGGCGCCUGGUGUUCUGGCCUUGUGUGAUGCUGUGGUUCCUGGUUAUUCUCCUGAUGGUGCCUCUGCUGAUUUGGCUGCUGUGUUGAGGGAGGAUUCGGAUUUGGCAGUGAGUUGUGUUGUCAGGGCUUCUUCUGCUAGAUGGAAUUUGAAGCCGCCUGUUUUUAGAGUCUACUCCAGGAGGUUGAGACCUUCUAUUUUGGAUGAUCAGGAUGGCCCGUUGGUUCAGUCGGGUCUUGAUAAUUCUAUGGUGAUUUCUUCGCCCUUGUGCGAGUUCCAGUGUUUGGUCACUAAACCAGUGGAUGCCUUGCUGCCAACUCCACAGAUUCCAAAGAGAAGGAAGAAGCCUCUACCUAGUAAUUUUAUGCCAAGGCGGAGCAGGAGGGUGGCCAAAUUUCCUCCAGAACUCGGUUCGGAGGCUGCUGCCCAGGUCUGCAGGCAGUUGGGUUUCUGUGAUGAUAAUGAAGUUAUUUCUGUCCAGGAUGCCGGUAAUUAUGCGAAGCUAUUUGUUUCUGGGCUCUCUAGCGUCCAUAUUGCUGCUUUGGCAGCGCUGUUUGGCUGGACGGUGCCGCUGAAUGGACCUGUUUAGGUGUGGUGGGGCUGGUUUGCUGGUGGUGUUUGAUCUUUGUUUGAAUGGAUUCAAGCUGUUUUUUAAUCUGGAAUGUGAGAGGGCUGAAUGAUCGUGUGAAGAGAGAUUCCGUUAAAUCUUUGGUGAUUGAUAUUAGACCUUCGGUUAUUUGCCUGCAGGAAACCAAACUUUGUUCUAUUUCAGAUUUUGAUGUGCUCUCAAUUUUGGGGUCUGGUUUCAGCAAUUUUGUUUACAGCCCUGCGAUUGGUACCAGAGGAGGGGUGCUGGUAUCCUGGCGCGAUGGAGCUUUUUCAUCUUUGGCUUCAGUUAUCAGGCAAUUUUCGGUUUCAGUUAAAUUGCAAGAGAAAAAUGGUUCUUGCUGGUGGUUCACUGGAGUGUAUGGUCCUCACCAGGACAGUCUUAAAUCCUCCUUUCUUCACGAAUUAAGAGAAAUCAGAAAUACCUGUGUGGGACCAUGGAUCAUUGGGGGAGACUUUAAUCUGAUUUUCAGGGAGGAAGACAAGAACAAUUCCAAUAUUAACAGGGCUAUGUUGGGGGACUUCCGUAGGCUUAUUAAUUCCUUGGAUCUGAAAGAGAUUCAUUUGAAGGGAAGGAGGUUUACUUGGUCCAACCAGAGAGAUGCCCCAACUCUUGUUAAGCUGGACCAUGUCUUUUGCACUAGCUGUUGGGAAGAUCUUUUUCCAGACGCUUCGCUUCAUAGUAAUGCUACCACAUCUUCAGAUCAUUGUCCUUUGAUCCUCAAGGUCAGAGAGAGCUGCUUGGGGAAAAGACGGUUUCACUUUGAGAGUUUCUGGCCCAAAUUUCCUGGUUUUCUGGAGGUGGUGGGUGCGUCCUGGAGCUUGCCAGUUGGAGGCUCCUGUCCGUUGGAGCAUGUGUCAUUGAAGCUUAAAAGGUUAGCUCGCACAUUGCAGUCCUGGGGGCAUAAAGAAGUGGGUAAUGUAAGGUUGCAGCUGGGGCUUGUCAGAGAAGUGUUGCAUAGGCUGGAAAUGGCACAGGAUAUCAGAAUUUUGUCCAGUGGGGAAGUUUGGUUGCUAAAUUUGUUAAAACAGCGGUGUCUUAGCCUCGCGUCUCUUGAAAGGACUGUUGCUCGGUUGAGAUCACGGAUCCACUAUCUAAAGGAGGGUGAUGCCAACACUAAGUUCUUUCAUUCGCAGGCAUGUUAUCGAAAGAAAAAGAAUUUCAUUUCCAAGCUUGAGGAAGAUGGAAGAUUGGCUACCAAUCAUGAUGACAUGCAACAAAUUCUUGAGGCGUAUUUUCAUAACCUGCUGGGGGCUGAUUUGCAGAGGCCAUUUACUAUUGAUUUGAGUAAUUGUCACAGGGCUGCGAUGGAUCUAACUGAUUUGGAGCAGCCUUUUUCAGAGGAGGAGGUUAGGGACACCAUUGCUUGUCUCCCUUCUGAUAAGGCCCCUGGGCCUGAUGGUUUUACAGGAAAAUUUUACAAGACAUGCUGGGACAUUAUUAAGGUCGACAUAAUGGCUGCUCUUAAUUCCCUUUACCAUGGAAAUGCCUAUAAACUUGAUUUGCUGAACUCAGCGUAUCUAAUUCUUCUUCCAAAGAGGGAAGAUGCUUCCUCAGCUGGUGAUUUUCGACCAAUUAGCUUGAUUCAUAGUUUUGCUAAGCUGGUCACUAAGAUCCUCGCUAAUCGUUUGGGACCAUACCUUCAAGACCUAGUGGCAGCUAACCAGAGUGCUUUUAUUAGAGGAAGGUCAAUUCACGACAAUUUCAUGCUAGUGCAACAAUCAAUUAAGUUCCUUCAUAAGAGGAAGAUCUCUAGUUUGCUGCUGAAACUGGAUAUAUCCAAGGCUUUCGACUCGGUCUCGUGGGCGUUUUUGAUGGAGAUUUUGACACAUUUGGGGUUUGGUCCUGUUUGGCGUAAUCUGAUCUCCAACUUGUUAUUCACCUCUUCUACUCAGGUGCUUUUGAAUGGCUCGCCUGGUAAUCCUAUUUUUCAUCGGAGAGGUCUUCGCCAGGGAGAUCCUCUUUCUCCCAUGUUAUUUGUGAUGGUUAUGGAUGUGCUUAGCAGCUUGUUCCGGGUUGCUGAAAAUAGAGGCUUGUUGCAGGGCCUUGGGGGGGCUGAUGUUCGCAGUCGAGUCUCCAUCUAUGCGGAUGAUGUGGUCCUUUUCAUUAAGCCAAUUGAAGCAGAUCUGAAUUGUGCUAAGAUAAUACUAAACUGUUUUGGUUCGGCUUCUGGUCUGGUAACCAAUAUGCUCAAGAGCAGUGCUAUUCCAAUUAGAUGUGAUGAUCAGCAGGUGCUUGCUGGUUGCAGUGUGCUGCAUUGCAGUCCCGCUGCGUUUCCUUGCAGGUAUCUGGGGCUGCCCAUUUCUGAUAAAAAGCUGAGGAAUUGUGACCUUAAGUUAUGGAUUGAGAAGAUCGCAGAUCGGCUGCCUAACUGGAAGGCUCGGUUGCUCAACCUGGCUGGGCGGACUGCGUUGGUGAAGUUUGUUCUAUCGGCCAUUCCGACUUAUCUUCUUAUUGCAAUCAACGUCCCUCAGUGGGUUAUUAAAUCAAUUGAUAAAAUUCGGCGAGGAUUUCUUUGGAGAGGAAGAAAGGAGGUUAAUGGUGGUAGCUGUCUUGUUCCAUGGGAAGUUGUCACGAGGCCUUUGAGGCUUGGUGGGCUUGGGAUCCCUAACCUUAAGCUCAAAAGCUGGGCAUUGCAGGCAAAAUGGUUAUGGUUGGAAAAGACGGAUCAGAGCAGACCUUGGCGUGGGUUGUCCCUCCCAGUGCAACGUCAGGUUAGACAGUUCUUUGAUUUGUCGGUUUUUACCAUUUUAGGGAAUGGGGCUACUACUCUCUUCUGGUCGGAUAGAUGGAUUCAUGGGAAUACUAUCCAGGACAUUGCCCCUGAGGUGGUGGGUAUGGUUGGCCGCAAGGCGUAUUCUUCUAGAACGGUGGCACAGGCUCUGGAUAAUUGGCAUUGGGUCAGUGAUAUUCGUGGUGCUCUUUCCUUGAGUGGGCUGCAGCAAUACCUGUUGUUGUGGGAUACUUUGGGGGACGUUAGGCUCUCUCAUGAUGCUGACAGACAUGUUUGGAUGCACUCUUCUUCUGGGAUGUUCUCCUCAAAGUCCUGCUAUAAGGCUUUUUUCAUGGGUUCAAUUUCGUUUGAGCCAUGGAAACGUUUGUGGAAAUCCUGGGCUCCCCCAAAAUGCAAGUUCUUCCUCUGGCUGGCGAUAAGGAAUAAGUGUUGGACUGCUGAUAGACUAAGGAGGAGAGGGCUGCAACAUCCGGCUGUUUGUGUUCUUUGUGACCAAGAGCAGGAAACAGUGCAACAUCUUUUGUGUACUUGCAGUUUUGCCAGGCAAUUUUGGCAUGCUAUUCUUGUUCCCUUGUGUCUUGGGGAUCUCAUUCCUGCUGUUGAUGAAAUCUCAUUUGCUGAUUGGUGGAGGAAGGCGCUUAAGAAGGUGCCCAAAUUCAGAAAGAAAGGCUUCAACAGUCUCAUUAUUUUGGGGUCUUGGUGCAUAUGGCUGACUAGAAACAAAGCUGUUUUUGAUAGUGUAAACCCUUCCAUGUGUUUUGUUAAAAGCUUAUUUCUGAAUGAGUUAAGUUGUUGGGAGAGGGCUGGGGCUAAGCAGCUAGCAAGUUUUGGUCUUCCUGCUAUUAUGAGCAGGGUUUAGAGUGUGGUCAAGUGUUCUGUUUGCCCUACGGGCAUUGUACUUUGGUCCUCUUGGACCUUUUCCUUUCUUAAUAUAAUGACGUGCAGUCCUCCUGCGCGUUCGAGAAAAAACAAAUAAUUUUAGCUCGCUGUCUUUUACUCUUUCCAUACUUAUUCAAUAUGUUUGUUUCUUAUUGGUUUGAUCCCCAACUUAAUCCAACUUACUUUGAAACAAAAACUAUGUUGUUGGUAUGUAGUUUAUACCAACAUUUGUGGUAGUUUGAUCUGCAAAUAUAAUCUGAGUUAGUUGAGAUCAGCCUCGCUACAAUGGGCAUCAUCAUUAUAUAAUAUAUAAGUUAGUGGAGAUCAGCACACAUGCAUGCCAUAUUGACAUGAUAAUAAAAAUAACUCACUCCUCAAUAACUACGAUGCUUUCUUAAAAAGGCAUUGAACUUCAAUACUAUUAACUUUUAUUUUAUAUUAGCCGUGUUACUUGACACUUCUUAUCCACUUAUUUACAUGUUGACGACCAAC